UUAAGCCUGGACCCCCAUGACAUCCAAAGACAAAGAUGUGGUGUCCUUGGCACUUUCUCCCUGGGAUGCCAUCCUUAAGGCUGCCAAAGACCAGGUGCCAUCCCUGGAUUCAGACUCCUCCUUGUCUGACUGUGAAGAAGAAGAAGAAACCUUCAUCUUUCAGCGAAACCAGCCUGUCCUGAUUCCAGACCUGGCUGAGGAGUUGGCUGAAGACCCUGUUGAAUCUGGGGCCUGGAUUGCUGUAGGGAGUUCUACACUUGAGCCAUUUCUGGUUCCUGGGAGACAAGACAUAGAACCCAGAAGUGGACAGAAGGUAAAACAGAAGGACUUAGCACUUCAGGAAAGAAGAGGCCCUAGCUGGGCUUGCCCGAGCUGUGUCAAGAUCAAUCCUAUUCUUGUGGAGGCUGAGGAGGGCCCACCUUGGCUGGAAGGCAACCUUAGAAGCCUGUCUAAUCCCAAAGGAUCCCAGAGUCCCCCGUGGACUUCCCAGGGAGAAGAAGCCACCUUUCCUUUGGAAGGAGAGCUGAAGACAGAGCCCUCAGAUAUUGACAAGCACAGAGCCCUCCGCAGGGAAAGGAGGAAGAUGAUAGAGAAGGAUAUUCUUCAGAAAGUGACCCAGGCUUCCCAGAACCCAGCCUGUGGUGACCAACGCCAGGCUCCAGAGUCAGGACCCUGGCCAGAAGCAUCCUCAGAACAGUCCUGGAAAGGUUGUCCAGUGCUCUCACUCCAGCAUCUUGAAGACUGGGAUUUGGAUUACAUCCUUCAGAGUCUGCCAGGGCAACAGGACUGCUCGGGUGACAGUGCUCCCAGAACUGCGUGGUGGUUAGCUGACCACUGCCAAAACCAAGGGCACACCAUUGGACUCUCCCAGGACACACUCCUGGACCAGCUGGACCUCUUGUGUGCCUCUCAGUCCAGAGUCUGGAAGGCAUCUGCUGACAAGCCCAGAGACACAGAAGAACAGGAAGCCAGAAACAGAAGUGCUUUAGCAGAACCUGGCUUUCAAACUGUGCCAGCCCAGAAGCUGGCAGGGAGUAGGAGACUGAAGACAGAGCCUCCUACCAUUUUCAUGGACCUGCGGCAGACAGAGCCAUCGGAACCACAAGAGCACCAGUCCUGGGAGAGCUCUGUAUCUAGCUCCUCUGACAGUGAGGAGGAUGUGGAGGCAGCAGACCCAGAACAGGGGGCAUCCUUCCAGAAAUGGAGGGACUGUACAGGGAAGAGCCAGCUUCUCCAGCAGCUGAGGGCAUUUCGGAAGGGGGCUGUUGCAUCCCAGCUAUCUACCAGUGACAGUCCUGGAGGCCAAAAGGCUCAAGCCCCAGAGGAUUCUGCUGGAUCACAAACUGGAAGGAAGAAACACAUAAAACUCUGGGCUGAGAAGCAAAAUGCCUUGGAUCUAUGUCUUGGGAUACAGCCGGCCAGAGAGGUGCUGUUACCUGCUAUGGGCCAGCUAUAUUCAACUCAGGUAAAAGAUCUGAAAAUCAGGCCAGGUGGCAGAUUUCUAUCCACACAGCUCUGAUGGUCCUUCUACAGCCCACCUGUUUUUAAUAGCACAGGCCUCUGGGGGCUGGGACCCUUACUCUGGACCCCACCCAGACAGUUUAAACAUAUUUAAACUUUU